CUGCACCUCGCUGAACUCCACGUCCGUCACCAUAUCCACAACGAUGUCGACACCUAAAAGAGUCAUUGACGAAAACUGGGUCCGCAGCGACCGCUACCACAACUCAUUCCUCAUCAGGCCCGACGUCGCGCUCGAGCACGCGCUGAAGAACAGCGACGAGAAGGGCCUCCCGCAGAUCUCGGUCAGUGCCGCCCAGGGAAAGCUGCUGCAACUUAUUUCCCAGACUAUCAACGCUAAGAGGAUCCUCGAGGUCGGCACGCUUGGAGGGUACUCCACCAUCUGGUUCGGGCGUGCGCUCCCAGCGGACGGUCACAUCAUCACCCUCGAGCUCGAGGAGAAGCAUGCUACGGUCGCCCGCCAGAAUUUCGAGUACGCCGGUCUGUCCUCAAAGAUUGAGGUCCGCGUCGGACCCGCUGUUGACUCUAUGAAGCAGCUCCCCGCCGAAGAGCCCUUCGACCUCGUCUUCAUCGACGCGGACAAGCCUUCGAAUCCUGCGUACUACAAAGAGGCUCGCCGUCUGACCCGUAAAGGUAGCGUAAUAAUCGUCGACAACGUCGUCCGCGGGGGCCGCGUCGCCGACCCCGCCGAGGAGGGCCCGUACGUCGACGGUGUCCGCGAGCUACUCAAGGUCCUGAAAGAGGACGAGGGUGUCGAGGCGACGACAAUUGCCAAUGUCGGAGAGAAGGGAUUUGACGGCUUUACGUACAUUCUUGUUCUCUGAGCGACAACUCCAGUGAACGCUGCUCCUGUAACAACAUCCGC